CAGGGACUAGUUCGCUGGUCGGCGUCGCUGGGGAUCGAUCGUGGGAGUGGCGCGGCUCAUCAGCUGGUCACUAGCAGCUAGGAGGAGGGGGACUAUUUUCCUCAUUGUUAUCCGCUCCCUAAGUCCAGUUUACACUCCUAAAUACUGCAACAUGACAAUUUAAUGUGUACUUCGUGUGUUUAGUUCAUUAUGUUGUGUUAGGACGGAAGUGGGAUUAAAUAAGACGCCGACCUUUUUCAUGUGCCCGUUAUUCUGAACAAGACGAACAGUUUCACAAGAUACUAUGAGGAGCAUCUAAUUGGGGAACAGGGUUAUAGGCAAGAUGUGUGGUGGCGGUGUGGUGAGCGCUCGAGGUCCCCGCCCCCCUCAGCAGCUGCUGCCGCGCCCGCUGUGCCUCCGUCGCCGCCGCCGCCGCCCCCAGUAACUGCCACCAUGACCAUCGCCUGAACCUACUUCUCCCAUACCCCACAAAACCACCCUUGGCUUGCUUACCACUAACUCACUCCUGUUCAGAGUUAAGACUCAUAAACCUGCAAUUACUGCUUCUACAUACAUUUUCUGCAAUUUAUUUUAUUAAUUACCGAAGGUCUUCUGGGCCACUGUAACAUCGGCCCAGAAGCUCGUGUCAACCAAAUAUUUAUUGGUCACUGAGCUUCAAGGGCACUUACAUUCUUAGGCAUAUUAACUUCAUAUUUCCUUUAGUAGCUGAAAUCCACUGAGCAGGUUGUGCUACAAAACUGCUGUAGCAGUUACCUCGUGUUUUUCAGACCCAUCUGUGGUUCUGUCACUGAGGGGAGUCUUGUCUCCAUUGCUACCAGAAGAACACCUCUCGUCUAGAGCCUGUGUUUUUGGGCUCUAGAUUGAGAAGUUUUCUUGGCAUUUCACUAUGUGCUAAGUGUAAUACAUCCCAGCAGCAUUUUCUUUUUGCUUUGUUGCAUUUUAAUUUCCGCUGUUCUCGGCUGCUUUUAUUAAAACUUCUUAAUCCUAUUCUGCAACCUACUUAAUCUUUGAAUUAGUUAACACACUGUACCAGCUAGCCAUUUACUUUUCCCACACACAACCUAUUUUCACGAGAACGAAAUGAAAACGACUGGUAUUCUUCCAUCAACUGAAGCGUUUAAGUUGUUAUGAAGCUUGUACGGUGUGAGUGGGCACCAUCACUGGUGGUGGAGUGGCUGUGUGGGGAAUUGGAGGAACGCGGAAUCCCAGGCCCCACGUACGCGCACACCCUCCUGUCCCUCCUCCACCACCAUUACUGCCCCCACCCUGCUCCUACAACACCUAUCUAUGCUACCACCUGUUCUGGCAACAUUGUUGGUCACUAUCACCACCCACUCUCUCGCCGCCACCUGGAUGACUUUGACUUGCGUGAUUUGGACCUGGAUGACCUAUUAGGUCACACUACUCACCCAGACGCUGAUCUUCCUGAUCUAUUGUCCUUCACACCACAACAGCGUGGAGGAAGUCGUCGUGCUCGUAAGCGCCACAAGGUUCGCCAAAAACACCGUAUUCUGACCUCAGAGCAACUGCAGAAGGUGGCAGCUCUCCAGUGCCUCAUGUCUGCUUCUGAUGAGCGUUAUGACCUAGAAAGUCUGGUGGAAGAACUUUGUUCACGCUUGAAAACUGCAGCUGAGAACGUGCACCUUAAUGCGACUAAUAUUACUCCUACAUGUAGUAAUAAGGAAAAGGCCAUUACUCUGAAUACUGUCUCUCAGGAUAGUAGUAAUGACAUAGAUGAUUAUGCAUCUUCAUCUACACCAGAGGAACAGGCUGAAAAGUACUAUGCAGCCUUUCCACCUCUAAGUGGAUUUUGCAAGAAAAACUGUGUCAGGGAAAAGCCAUGGAAGACAGGAGAUGCACUCUGCUCAUGUGUCUGGGAGAGUAAAACAUCCUCAUUGGCUUCACAUAUUGAAGACAUCCAAUCCAGCACCAUCAAAAUGCCUCGAACAUACCGUAAGAAGUGCCGUGAAAAGGAGAAAAAGGAAGGGGAGGCAAAAUUUGAUGGGAUAGUCAGUCAUACAGGAUCUCGACGGCACCUGGUUCCAUUCACAUGGUUUAACACUAGUAAACAUAAGGAAGCACAAGUAAAUGAAAGCUGUGAUACUGAUAGUGCCUCCGAACCAGAAAGAAAUGUAGAGAGACGACGCAAAAAAUUCAUGGGACCCCUAUUGGAUGAGGAUAUUGGAGAAGGAUACAUUGGUGACACCAGCUCUCGUGAAAGCUCUGAAGACAGAGAUAAAGGGGACCAAGAUAUAGAGAAGUCAAGAGAUGAUAAAUUAGAUAGAUCUUCAAAUUUUGUAAAUUUGGAGAAAGGAAAAAUGAGCCAAGAAGAGUGGGAAUGUAUGGGAGAUCUACUCUUGGGGACUAGUGACAAUGAAGGAAAAAGUCUGCAAGGAGUAGGAGGAGGGAGCCGACUUUUUGAACGUGGCAGUACUUCAGAUGGUACUAGUGGCUCGAGUAGUGAUGUUGAAACCCAGGAAGCAGAGAGUAUGAGGCAGUUAGAGCAGAAAAUUUCUGAUUCUGUGGCACAAGUUUGGGGUCAGGGAGGAGAAUCUCUAGGUCAUGGAUGUGGAGAACGUGUAUGGGAUCCUCCAGCAGUGCAGGAAAUGGUAAAUUACACGACUAUAUGGGGCUUGAGUCUUACAGAUCAUAAUACACAUGAUUCAAACCCCAUAGAGAAUAGCCAUUGUAAUGAAAUUAUCCAAGAACCAUUCACACCCAUAAAUGAUGAUUGGCAUCAUAACCAUUCAUGGCAUGCAGUAAACCCAAUAACUGAAGAGGAUCCACUUUUGUGCAGCAUAUCAAGUCAAAGCCCCAUCUGUAAUUUUAAAGAAAAUUCUAUGAAAGAAGCUAGCACCCUUCUUCACUUGCACAAUAGUUUGGAGAAGUCUAUUUGGUCAGACUGUAAUGCUAAUAAUAUUUCUGGUAAUGAAAGUACUCUUCUAGUAUGCAUGGAUGAUCAAAUAAGUAAUUCUUUGGGAGGAUACAAAGAAAACAAAGGGGAGUGUCACACAACAGAAGAAUUAGAGAAUAAGUUAUGUGAAUCAUUCAUGCAAUUGGGCUUGGAAAAUAUAUGGGAAAAUACAUUAGGCUUGGAAGGUGUUUUUGCCGAACUUAGUGUAAGUAAUAGUAAUUUAGAAUGUGUCUCAGAAAAUAAUAGUUUUGAAGAAGUAAUACAGGAUAGUCAUACAGAUUCAGAACAUGAAAAAAUGAUGGCGCUUGUAGAAGAUGUAUGUAAGAGCUACGAGUCUCAGGAAGAAUCGAUUCCUGAUAAUAAUAGUAUUAAGCAAAUGCCAUCAGGGCCAAGUGGUCCUCAAGCUGACCUUCGCCACACAGAAAACAGUGGCUUCUCAAUGGUUAUUCCUCGUGGCAAAAGUGUAGAACCAAACUCAUCUCUGGAACAGGUGCCAGAUAAUGUAAUAAUUGAGUUGGAUUGCAAUACGUCAAGUCAAACUGAAGUGUGUGAAAACGUUGAUGUUGUAACAACCACCCAGGAAGAGGAAAAUUUGUUAACUUCUCCUCGUACGCACUUUCGACCAAUUCGACAAGACAGUAUGGGUAGUACAGCAGAUGAUCACUAUGAGGAUGGAACCAUGUUCGUUGUUGAUUCUGAACGUCCUGAUCUACCAUUCCAACGAACUAGUAGUGGAACAUUGUUUCUUGAGAGUGAUCUUUUGGAAGGGUCACCAAAGAAGUAUAUGGUGUAUAAAGAGCCAGUACCCAAGAUAAUACACACAGAAGAACAACAAGAGGUUAUUACUCAUGGAAAUUUUAAAGUUAUUGCGCUAGUUCCAAAAUUCAAAGUAGUUAACAACGAAAAAUUUUGUCAAACUGAGGAAGCAAAUUUACAUAGCGAAAAACAUUCUUUCAGUAUUAACAUGAAAAAAAUGGCCUUUCGUGAAAAAAAGCGUUGUAAAGAUCAUUUUAGAAAUAAAGGAGACGAACAAGAACCAGAUGUAUUUGAGUUUCAACAUCAAGAUUUUCCAGAUAGUAAUAAUUUGGCAAAUUUAUGGAAAAGUGAACCGCAGCUCCCUGAAGCGGCAUAUUCGCACAACAUUUGGCAAAUCCAAAUGGAGCAGGAUAGGGAGGAUGCUUGGCCAAGGUUAAAUGACACAGAAGGUCAAGGAAUUCAAGGGAGUGCAUGGGUUGAAAGAGAGGGGGAAGGAGCUACUGGGUGGAGUAAUGAAGGGCACUUUGAACCUCCACUCAAAUCAAAUAUUAGUAAUAAGUCUGAAGCAAUUGUUGUCCCAACUUCUCUAGCUUCUCUCUGGCAUCAUAGCAGCUCUCCAGCAUCUCCAACCUAUCCGUCACCCUUGAAUAGUCUUCAGGCACUUUGGAGUGGCUGCACCGAGCAUGUUAAUGAGGAUUCAGAGCCUGAUACAAGCAGGGCCAAUAUGUUUAUUAUAACAAAUCCCACAACAUAUAUUCCUGGAAAAUUCCAUGAUAACUGUCAUGUAACGUCUGCUCUAGCAGAAGUAGGACCAUGGAAACCUGUAGUCAAUGUAGAGAAAUGUGUUAAUAGUAAAAAAGACCAAAUUUGGUCAGAAAAAUCACUUUUAAGCAAGCAACGAAAUCUGCACUCUGAUAUCAUUAAAAAAAGGAGUGUCAUUGUAGGUGCACACACAGAUGCACUAGGAGCAUGCACUGAAUUACGGCUGGAAGUAGACAAAGAGGCCGAUGAGCUAUUGGGAGCAGUUCAUGCCCAGACUGCCAGUUCUCACACUGUGCAUCCAAGUAGUCAGGCUAUGGCUGCAGAUGGUCAAUUUCCUGAACCACUGCAUGAACGCUUAAAAAAAUAUUCUUCAGGGAACCCUGUGAGUAAGACUACAAAUUCUAGCAGCCCAUUAUGCAAAACUCGAGUGAUGCUGCGUGAUGAUGUGGAGCGUGAGAACCUGGAUGACCUAGCACCUGGAUGGGAGCUUAAUGAUGGCUUUGAGUGGGGACCUCAAGGUUCUGGUUCUCAUGACUUGGAGGACUGUCAUGAUGGAGUGGCAGAUGACGAAGAUGGGGAAGGUGGAGAUGUAUUAGUUUAUGAAACUGAUGGAACCACGUAUACCAUUCCUGUGGAAUAUCUGGAUGACUCCUUAUAUGACCAAAUUUUUGGUGCAUCUGAUUCUGCCACCCGUCUCGGAGGUUCCCUGCCAGACCUUCCCAUGGGUGAACCUAAUGCAAUUCAUUUUUCAAGUGAGCUUGAAGAUGAAUGGAAAAAGAGUGGUAUUCCUUAUAAGGUUCAGCUACCACGGAAGCCACGACCAGGGCGAUGGCUUCCUCCCUCUCGGCGUCCUUGUACCUUUUUCAUGGAGGGAAGCUGCCGUCGUAGUGACUGCAAAUUCUCUCAUGACUUGGCCUCCAUUACCUGCAGGUUCUGGGAAGAGGCGUCUUGCCUUAAGGGCAUCACCUGCCCCUUCCUGCACGGCUAUCCUCUCCGGCGCCGACGUAACAAAAGUGAAGGGGCACCUAACAUUGAGGGAGAUAAGCCUGAUCAUCAUUGCUCCUCAUUCGAGAUCGAUUCUGAGAUGGACUUCCCAACGCUUGGCUCAUCUUGUGAAAGCAAGGCUGGUUGUGUGGAUGAACGAAAUUAUUUGUUUUCUAGUACUGGAAGCAGUGGUUGUCAUCCAGCUGUAGCUCGAAAGAAAAAGCGCAAAUUCAUCACAGUUACAAAAAAUGUUCUAGGACAGAUGAAGAAUGCAGAGACGGAUAGAGCCCUACGCCGUAUUGCAAGACGGGACCGACGGAGACGUAACACUGAAAUAGCUUCUGCUUCCACUGAUCUGCAUACUGCAACAACCAUGUCUGCUGAACCACCCUCAGUCCCGCAUAGCCUUAGAAAGGCGAAGCGCCAUCGCGCUUCUGCCUCUGGUCAUGAUGAUGGUACAGUAUCAGAUUACUGACGAUUUGCCACAUACAGUAGUCUGAAUCUUGCAGGUGGUAUUUAGGUGCUGCACUGAAAGCAGGCAAAGGCAGAUUACCAAUGUAGUCUCAUCUUUGUCUCAGGUUUAAGACUGUAAUUAUGGGAGUUACCUGGGGCCAAACUGCUCAAGAACUUUAUAGGAUAUUAAUAGUUCAGAAAUAACAGUAUAUAGCAACUGUGUUCUCAGCACAGGAAAAUUUGCAGCAUUCAAGUCCAGUCUUGACCUUAAUGCAAAACAAUUUCCCAAGAUGAAGCAUGGCAUGGAGUUCCUAAUUUCAGAGCUGUAGCUGUUUUUUCCAAAUGGAGAGCUUUUAGUAAGAUGCCCAAAAAUGCUGCACAUGGGUAUUAUAGUUAAUAUAUAUGAUUGUCAUCAGUAUAUUAUAAAAGCAUUAAAAACAGAAGUCUACAGGAAUUGAAACAUCCAUUAACAUUUACUACUUGGAACCAGUAAGUUAUCU